AUGGCGUCGUUACGAGUCUUGGUUGGGGUUAAACGUGUCAUAGAUUACGCCGUUAAGGUUUGUGGUGAUCGAGAAACUGGUGCAUAAUACAUAAUCUUAAUGAAUGAUAUUUCUAAAUUCUUAUUUUCUCCUUGAAGAUACGCGUGAAACCGGAUAAGAGUGGCGUGGUUACUGAUGGAGUCAAGCAUAGCAUGAACCCUUUUGAUGAAAUAGCGGUGGAAGAGGUCGGGCGAAUAUUUUUAAUUUUUCUGAAAUGACUGUGUCUUACAGAAAGCAGUUAAAUCUUUUAAGUACGCCUAGAAUUUUUUAUUUCUUUCAUAACUACGAAUGUCGAGAAAAGUCUUUUCAGUUUAAUAUGUAGUGGAAGUAAGUUUACAAAUUCGUCACUGGUCUUUAAGAGUUACACUGAUGUUUGUCUUUCAUCUCAAUGAGGGUAUGCUAUGUGGACAAAAAGAUGUUAAGAACCCUCCACCCCAGCACAAAUCCUCUGGGAUUUUCAGCUAUGUUUUGUUGUUUGUGUCCUUUAAAAUGCUAUUCCUUAGAGACCACCCUUCUUCUUUCAAUGACGUAAUGAAAGAGGUGGUUACACCCCUACCCCACCCCCCAUCACUAUAUUCCCUCUUUUAUAAGUAAGAUGUCAAAAAUAUUACUCAAAAAGCUUUUUUUAAAAAUUGACAGGCAGUAAGGCUCAAAGAAAAGGGAAUUGCAUCAGAAAUUGUUGCUGUUAGCUGUGGGCCUGCUAAAAGUGAGGUAGGACUUACUUAGUCUUCAAGGCCCUCAUAGAGUUUAUAGAGAGAUUAAGAUUCACGUUUACGCCAAACGGCAAACGUGAAUUUGUACCACGUGACCAAGUUUUCCCCUUAUUUUUCGUUUACCGUUUAUUGCUUCUACACAAAACUAAGUAGUUUUAUGCCAGUUUUAUCCAAAAGAAUCGUUUUGGACUGUUUCUAUCUGCUUAUUUUCUAUUUUGAGAAAUUCUCAACUGACGUUUGCCGUUUGCCGUGUGCCGUAAACGUGAAUCUUAAUCUCUCUUAUGUUUAGAGAAAUGACUUUCUCCCCAUGUAGGCUUUCAAUUUUCAUUGUUUUAUUUUUCGAUUGUAUAACAAAUUAUUAAUGUUAUUGCAUAAAAACGUCUCUCCUUCCUCACUCUCACAGCCAUAAUCAAAAAUGAUACUCAGUGUUUUCUGAACCUUAUUUUGAAAUAGCUUUUAGAGCAUGAACAACAGUAACAAAAUAUUUUUAAUGCGUAGACAACUCUAAUACAGUCUAAACUCUCCUUACGGACACCUCCUUAAUACGGACACCUCUCUAUUACGGACAGUUCAUUUGGUCCCAGAAAUGCCAAAGAAUCAUACAUUCCCUACCUCUAUAAUACGGACACCUCUGUAAAGCAGACACUUGGUUCUGUCCCUUUGGUGUCCGUAUUAAAGAGGUUUGACUGUACCUUUAAAGUAUUUCCUACAGUGCUUUAGAGCUUUCUUUGAAAUAGCCCUUUGCCUUGGAUUUUGAAGUGCUUCUGCCUUUAAGUUGUCUUUUACUGUUACUGAGGGCGAUUAUAAUGCCUAUUCUGGCAGUGAAAUUUGAAAAUACACAAUAGACAGAGGUCUUCUUCUAAUUGAAAUUUGUAAAUUAAUAUAUUAACUUUUACUUCAAAUGGAGGCUUAGUCUGUAAUGUAAAAAAUGGAACAUUAUCACUUAUUUUCCUGUCUCACAUGUGCAACUUGCAAGGCAUUAAUUUCAAAAAGUCUAGUGUUAUUGUUAGAAAGAAAGUCAAGCAUAAUUAAAUUCUACUCCUACACAAAAUGGCGCUAAAUGAGCACUGUCUUAAUUCUAGUACAUUGUUUUGACUAAAAUUUAUAGGAAACCCUCCGUACAGCCCUUGCUAUGGGAGUUGAUCGUGGUAUUCAUGUUGUGUUAAAUGACAAGGAAUAUGAAGGCCUUCAGCCCCUUGCAGUAGCUAAGCUGUUUCAAAAGAUUACAGAGCAAGAGAAUCCUAAUCUAAUUCUCCUUGGGAAACAGGUAAUGAUUAGACAAAAUUUACUGACCACAAUUGUGAAUGCUAUUAGGCCCAUUGCGUUUGACUUCUUUAUUGGAAGAGACUUUUGUUUAAAUGUUGAGCCAUUGUAUUUACAUCUCAACCAGAGCUGUUACUAAGGAUUGCAACCCAUAACACCUGUUAUGGCUAAGCACACUUGAUGUUACGGGUGAUCAAAGUGGAAAGCUAAGGGUGGCACUAUAAAUUUUUGCGAGAUGUUACGGGUGAAUCUUCAGUUGCUACAGCUGCCUAAAAACUUAAUGAGUCAACCACCUCUAACUUCUUGUGUGGAACCACAUGUAUGAAACUUUACCAUUUUGUCAUGAAAGUAAGAAGGACAACUGCACUAGACAUUUGUUGCAUUUUGUACUUGAGGCUUCUUAGACCUGGAAAGGGUAAGAGAGUGCAGGCUAAUAAUAAUAAUGAGUCUUUAUUUCACCAAAAGAUAAAAUUACAUAUCUUAUGUUACAAUAAGAGAAGAUAAAAACUAUGAUAAAAAUAUCUACGUUAUAUGUAUAUAUUAAAAAAGUGUGUCAUUACAAUAAAUGGAGCUUAAAAAUCAACCUAUUUACAAAGGUGUUCAUAAAACGCUCUGUAUUAAUUUUUGGGCGUACGCAGCCUUUUUUCCUAAGAUUAUGUACCUACGUCUUCUGGGCAGGAAUGAUAUCUUUUAGUGGGUGGCAAUCCGUUGAUAUUAAUUUCUUUAAAAUGUUUUGGUCUUGUUUGGCUGUCCAUUUGUUGAAUUUGUUUCUUGAGAGAUCAGUCAAGCAACAAGCUCAUUACAUUUCUGAACUGGCAACUUUGGUCCUAAUGUCUCCAGGAUCAAGGAUUGAAAUGCUAGUUGCUGUCAACGUACUUUUGAACAGUACUGUAAAUUCGAUGUGUAGUUUUUAGUGGAAAAAGUGAUCUUGUAAAUAAUGUUAUUCCAUGGACAAUACAAGACCAAACGUGGUGAUAAUGUACAUUUUGUUGUUUCAGUAAGUUCAGUCCUUAAUCAAUGUCAAAAACUUAUUGUUUGUCAAAAGACAAAUUUUAAACAGCUAUUUUAUGAUUUCAUAGAUCAGUACAUCCUUGCUUCCCAAGUUUUCCUUUGUACAAAGAAAGUAUUUAAUAGAGGAGCUCCAUGUCACUGAAAUGUUAUGUUUGUUUUUCAGGCAAUUGAUGAUGAUUGCAAUCAGACGGGUCAAAUGCUGUCUGCUUUGCUUAAUUGGCCGCAGGUAAUUGGGUUGAAGUUUUUUAAAAUAGUUAAACGUUUUUUCAAUCCUCCAAGUUAAAGUUUUUGCUUGGUCACUAUUUGGCAAUCAACUCUUUUGGUUUAGGGAGACUUUUUUACAAAUCAAGUCACCAGCUGCAAAAUUUUAGGCGCCAUUGGUGACCAAAAUGGUUACAACGUGGAGGGUUGUAUCUGGGAUUUUCUUGUGUCUUUGAUCACUGAGGAUAAUAAUAUUGAUAAUAUUGUUUUGAGAUAAGGGAAAUAAUUUACUGAAAUUGAAUAAGAAAGUUUGAAUCACAUAGAGGAGCUAAUGAAGAGAGAUUUGACCAUAUUCUUUUUAUGAAUAUUGAUGCAUUUGUUUGUAUAUUUGUAAAAGUGGUGUAUUUAUUGUUUUUUACAGGCUACUUUCGCUUCCAAAUUGGAGUUAAAAGACGAUAAAUUGGGAGUGACGCGUGAAAUUGAUGGUGGCCUUGAGAUGAUAGAUGUCAAGAUGCCCUGUGUUGUAACAGCUGAUCUCAGGUAUUUAAGAAACAUAUGACACUGUGAAAGGUUUGAACCCAGGAGUCAUUUCAAAAGUAGGUUGAGUAUGAUCAUCCGAGUGAACAUAGUCCUCAAUAGGACUGUUGUUGUUGAUGGUGACUGACAUUUUGACAACCUGUGCAUUAGUCAUCUUUAGAGUCAAAGUGAUUUGUAUCAUGUCAUUUGGUGUUAUUAAACUCUGGUUGUUGACCUAAUUGGUCAAUUAAGUCGCCAUGAUUGUUAUUAGUCGUCUGUCAGUUAAGCCAUGAUGUUAUUGGUUUGAAGACUUGUAAUGUCAUUGGUGAGUUUCAAUCCGUCUUUCGUCUCAGUUUAACAGUCUUUUAUGGUCAGUUUAAUUCCAAAGUAAAAUUUAACUCAUUCUUUCUUGAAUUUCUUAAAAAAAAAACCAAACAAACAAACAGGACCAAGCAAAAGUGCUGACAAAGAGGUUUCAUUUGAAUGGUCACACCAUAGGAUUUUGUCCACAGACUUUGUGUCUUCAUACACAUGAUUGCGGUAGUGCUCUGUAUAAAAAAUUCCCUAUCAUUUGUUAAGUCUUGAAAGCCUUUGUCCUGUUGUAAAAUGGAAACAGUAUGGUUUAGUGUUUGGAAAGCUAAAUUUGCAAUUUGGAUCCUUUUCCCUAAUAUUUAUUUCACAGUUUGACUCAAGCUUGAUUACUUAAUCCUGAGUUGAGUUUGUAAAUAAUACCAACUACAGACUUUCAUAGAAAGUCCUGGAGUGUGGGCUUGUUUUUCUGUGUUUUCCACUUUCUACAUUUUGCUCAAUUUUUCUUCACUUAUGUUUGGCUUUUGCAGAUUUACAUGUCCAGGGCAACUUGUUUGCCUCUAGGCUGCCCCCUGAGUUAAAAUUUUUAAAUGUGUUUAAAAUAGGGUCAUUUGCUAGUAUUUGUUUCCAGGGUUGUUUAUCAUUUUCCCUUAAGAGCCAUGGAGAGAGGAGAAGUGAAACAUAAAAAAAUAUGUGUAUUGGUAGCACCAGUAUUAUUUAAUUUAUUUAUUAAAUUGGGAAUUCACUUUUAUUGUUUAUUUCUUCAGGCUGAAUGAACCACGCUAUGCAACUCUCCCUAACAUUAUGGUUUGUAACUACAAUAAUUAUGUACAUCUUCUAUUUAUGUAUCAUAAAAGUUGUAAUCUAAUUAGCACCCCACUAUAAACAAGCUAGCAUUUUUGUUUCAGUUGGGGAGAAUUGCAAUUAGUGCAAUUAGUUGCUCAAGUGUAAAUAAGUUAAAUAAGAAAUACCGAGCGUUGAGUGGCCUGUUUGCAAAGGCGAGGAAAGUUGGUGUCAGGGAAUUCUAGGUUACAAAUUAAGUCUUUCUGAGACCCGGACCUCGAAAACCGAUCUUCUAUUUGUUUUGGUGGACACAAUUUACAUUAGUUUUCUUAUCUACCUUCACCAUCAGAUUAAAGUUCAUUUAGUUGGUUUGUUGUUUUUCGUCCCCACCAUACAAUUGUCUGAGAAACUUUGCAACUUUGUGGAACAAUAUCUUUGCUUGCUUUUAAUGUAUCUCAUUUACUAGUGUCAAGUUUCCCAAUAAUUCUGCAAAGGUGUUCUUUCCGGCCGUGUUGAUAGAUAUUCGCCUCCUGGUCUUUAUAAAAACUUGAAAACAACUGUUGAAGGGUCUAUCACAUGCUGAUGUAAAAGGCCUUUUUCUGCCUUACCAAUAAACAAAGUUAGUGUGAACGCUUGGUUAGGGGAGGGGUAGUUGGGGAGUGUCUGAUUCAAAAGGCCUUCUUCUGCCUUUCCAAUAAACUACCCCUCCGUUAAGCCAACAUUUUUCCUUAAGUGAGAAGUUAGGGUUAACAUUGGGUUAGGGCAGGGGUGGGUAUGUUGAUCCAAAAGACCUUCUGCUUUAACAAUUAUUUAAUUGUGAAAUGCAUCUUUGUACUGCAGAAAGCAAAGAAGAAGAAAAUUGACAAGAAGACGCCUGGUGACUUAGGUGUAGACAUUUCUCCAAGAAUAGAGACUCUGAGUGUUGAGGAUCCACCAGUGCGGGAAGCAGGAAUGAAAGUUGAAACUGUUGAUGAUUUGGUCACUAAGCUUAAGGACAAAGGAUUCUGUUAACGAAUUCACGAUAUAUUCUGGCAUGGACAAUCAAUGAAAAUCGGCCUGCGAGCAAGCUCUCCAUUUCGAGUAGCAAAGCGAGCCGCGCGAGAACGUGUCACGUCUUCUGUUGCGUGCUGCUCUCAUGUAACUUGUCAUGAUAAGCUUUCUCGCAGGUUGAUUUUAAUCAAUGUUAAUUGAUAUUCUAUCAAUGAGCAGUAAAUUGUAGGAAAUUAAAUUCGAUUCACUUUUACCGACUGUCGUUGUUGUUUUCUGGUUGGAUCUAUUCUCAUCGUAACAACAACUUAAAGACUUUCAGUCACUGAUCGUCCAUGCUGGGAAUAUAUCAACUGCAAAUAUUUGGACAGGAUAAACUUUCUUUAUGUAAACUGUUGUAAAGACACUUGCCUCCUUUUCAGGGGAUUUCUUGGUAGUUGUUUUUCAUUGCCAGCAAAAGUUAUUGUUAAUUUAACGGCUACACAGACGACUGUUUAUGUUUAAGUGGUGCUCGUUUGUUGAAGUUGUACCAGCGGAAGAUUUUCCAUAAUAAAACAAAACACAUGC